GAGAGAGAGAGGGAGAGAGAGUCUGUUUGGGUUUGUGAGCUUAAUAUAGUAAGGCUGGCUGUGAUGAUCGUACCAUAGGGAAGUGAGCUCACUUUUGCGUCCUGAAUAGAACAAAGGCAGCAACGUUGGCUGCUAGCUUUGGCUCUGUGCGUGUUUACAGGCGUGGUUACGUACGUAUUCCUCUAAUUCCGUUUGUGGUCUGGUUUUGGGUGAAAGAAUCUUUCUGAGUUUCUCCACUUUUCUUGCCUAUCUUUAAUCGCUUCCUGACCCUCUCUCUACUUCUGUAGUCCUCUGAACUUCUCCCACUCGAUAGGAUUUGUCUAUACUUUCAGGUUUUCAGCAAGGCAACCUGAAAUAAAAACCAAAGAAAUAAGAGCCCAAGCACUUGUCUGUUUUUACUGGUUUUCCUUGUCUGGGUUAUUUUUGUCUUGAGCUGUGAAAAUGGUUUCUGGGUUUUCUUCUCUGGGUCUUUGUUUUGGUUUGGGGUCAGAGGCAGGAGAAACUGGGCUUUGAUGUUUCGGAGAUUUGGUGAAGAAGGAAAAGAAAAUGGAGGGUUCUUCUGGGAACCGAGAGCUGUACAAUCCUCAUUUUCGUGAUAUGAUUGCUAAUGAAAGUAAGUGGGUUGUGAGAAGAGAUGAAGUCAGAUUUGGAGCUUCAGAGGAUAAGAAGUUGGAGCUAAGGCUGGGACCUCCAGGAGAAGAUUGGUUUGAAAAAGGGAACAUCAAAAAGGACACCAGAGAUAGAGAUGAGUCUCUUCUCUCUCUUGGGCACUUCUCUUCCAUGGCUUAUAAGACCACUAACAACCACAGCGUUUCUGCUGGAGCAAAGAGAGGGUUCUUAGAUACAAUUGAAGCCAAAGCAGAAGAGAAGACAUGGAUGAUGAACCUCAACACUAACCAAAACCAAAAGCUUUCAUCUUCAGAAAAACCGGGUGGAGUUAGUUUCUCCACUCCAUCUCCUUGGUCUUCAACCCCUACAUCUCCUUCAGCCUCCCAAGUGAAGACCCAACAGCAGCAACAGCAGCAAAAGCCUCAGUUUCUUCAGUUCCCCUCGGUUCCUCAGAGGUUACCUGUUAUGUCAAAGGAACCAUCACAGACAUGUAGCACAAAAGUCACGGACUUGCAGAACCCUGAGAAGAAAGCAUGUUCCCCUGCUUCUGCUUCAGUUCCUGCAAACACAGCUGUGCUCAACAGCUCACAGAAAAGAACUUCUCCUGCUCCAGUUGUGGGUUGGCCUCCAAUUCGUUCAUUCAGGAAGAAUCUUGCAAGCAGUAGCAACUCCAAGCCGGCAUCUGAGAUACGUGAUACACCUUCAGCAGAUGUAAAUGGAGAAAAAACUGAAGCUUCCAGGAAGACUUUGUUUGUGAAGAUUAACAUGGAUGGGGUUCCUAUUGGAAGGAAAGUGGAUCUCAAAGCCUAUGACAGCUAUGAAAAACUGUCCUCAGCAGUUGAUGAACUCUUCAGAGACCUUCUUGCAGCUCAAGGAGAUUCUUCUGCUGCUGGAGAUCAAAAGAAAGCAGAACCCAAGGCAAUUACAGGUUUAUUAGAUGGAAAAGGGGAAUAUACUCUGGUGUAUGAGGAUAACGAGGGAGACAGAAUGCUUGUUGGUGACGUCCCAUGGCAAAUGUUUGUGUCAACGGUGAAGAGGCUUCGUGUUUUGAAGAGUUCGGAACUUCCCAAAUUACAGAUUGGGAACAUUAGUAAGCCAGAGAGGACUAGAGUGGACUGUGGAGUGAAAUGAGGAAGUGGAUCAUGAGGAAUUUGUCAAUGGAGAAUAUUCAUGGCAAAGUAUCUUCUGAGUUGGUUUUGUAAUUUAAGAUUUGGCUUUAGAUCAUUUUGAGGGAGAGGAUGAACACCAGUCUUUUUUGUACCCUUUUUAUUUUUUGGUUAUCUGUUUCAGCAGCCAUUGUAGAAAGAAAAUCCAAAUACACCAGUUUGGUUCCAAAA